CUUGAAGCCGGGUUACGGUUAGCCUAUCCAUCGAUUCCCGAGAGCCUCGUCAUAUAUGAACUCCCAGUCGCGACGUCUACGCUACCAGCCACAGAAGCUUGAACAAGUCCGACCACAAUGUCUGAAACGAUGCAAGCAAUCCGCCUCCAUCCCGCGCCCGCAGUCUCCGAGCCCUACACGGCAUCCAAUCCAGCCCCACCAUCAGCCCUGUACCUUGACACCAUCAAAAUCCCGAAACCAACCGCGCCAGGCGAAGUCCUCGUGAAGAUCAAAGCAUCGACUAUCGUCCGCGACGCACUUACUUGGCCUGAGACAUACGCGCACGAAUAUCCCACGAUGGGGAAUGACCUCUCUGGGAUUGUCGUCGAGGUCUAUCCCUCCUCGGAUGCAAACUCAAACUCGGACUCGAACUCGAAAUUCAAGAUCGGCGAUGAGGUAUUCGGCAUGACAGCCCCAGACCGCCCAAGAACUUGGGCACAGUAUGCGGUAGUCCGCGAGACGGAAAUAGCUUCGAGGCCCCGGGGUUUGACGUGGGAGGAAACCGCGGCCCUCCCCCUAAGUGGCCAGACGGCGUUCGAGGCGUUGUUUGUUCGCGGAGGUGUAUCCAUUCCGAGCGACGUGGCGGCGAUGCAUGAGAACAAGGGGAGAGAGUCGCCGAAGCCGGAUAGCAAGAAAGUCCUCAUCACCGGUGCCGCUGGUGGCGUUGGCGUGUACCUGGUUCAACUUGCGCGAUGCGCUGGGCUGCACGUCACAGCGGCCACGGGUUCGAAUGCUAGGAAUGAGGAGUUUCUUCAGUCCCUGGGAGCGCAUGAGUGUAUCGAAUACCCAACCCUCAGAGAGAGGAAGGAUGCGUACGACCUCAUCAUCGAUUGUGUGGGUGGCGAGCCACUGGUUGACGCGUGGAAGGCCGUCAAGGGUGACGGGAAACUGAUUACGGUCGAUUCUCGCAGCUGGAACUUUCUCGAAGAUCACGCAAAACAGGGGGUACGUCGUGAUGGUGUUGAGGCGUUCUUUUUCAUUGUGGAAGGGGGAUCAGAGAGUUUAGAGGCUCUCGCUCGGUUUGCGGACUUGAGGUUACUGGAGGUAUUUGUGCUCAACGUUUAUCCGUUGGCGAGGGCACGGGAGGCGUAUGAGUAUGGAAAUGGGAGAUUCACGGGGCGUGGGAAGAUUGUUUUGAGUGUAUAGAGUGUAUAACGGCAAGAUGUUGUCAAGAGAAAAUUAUUCUUCGGGUACUAAAAAAGGUGAAGUAACCAAGUUGAUGUCCCGUGUUCUCGAGCCGUAGAAAUGGUGUACCUUCCUGUUUAGUACGAAUAUAUCUCGCUCGUUUAGGGCAGGCGCGAUGGACUCAGGAGAGGCAGCGCUGGGUCGCGCCUUCCCUUUAUAAACGUGUGUGCAUCGUUCCUUCCUAAUUGAGCUCCAGGGGAUGCCUUCCGUUUCCGGAACCACUAUAUUGUCCUCAGAGAUAAGGCAGGUGUGAUGGACCUUCGGCGGACAGCGCCCCGCGAUAUUCUUUCAUUUUGAAGUGCGUUGGGUCAUGGCCGUACUCUUGGCUAAUAUAUACCGCGUCAUCUAAAUCCUACGAAGUUGUCCGA